GAAGGGUUACCUAAAACCGUAUGCAUCGGUGGUUCUUGCAGUUUCACUGCGAACUAUCCGCUGUGAGAGAGCGCGUUUCAAGGAAUAGAGAGCAAGGUUCACGCGAAAUCGAACUUCUUUUAUUGUGAUCAUGGCCGCGGUCCGGCCUGUGCUGGUUUUUGUUUUAAUCGGUCUCCUGUCUGGGGAAGUCAGCAGCGUCCAAUAUUUCGGAAAAUUGAUUGGAAAACUUUCGGAGCUUCAUCAUGGGGUUUCUGGGGAAGUCUACGCCGUCGACAGCAGAACAUUGUACAUCAAGGAUUUCACCUAUGACGGUCAAGGUCCAGCCGCUUACUUCUACGCUGGCAAUACCCGCACUCCUGGAAAUUCAGGGUUCCGCCUGAGGGAUGAAAAGGGAAGCGGAGAAGUCAUAAGAAGGUACAGAAAGGAAGGUGUGACACUGUCGUUACCAGAGGGCAAGACCUUGAACAAUAUCAAGAUCUUCUACGUGUGGUGUGAAGAAUUCGCGGUGAACUUCGGCGACGUAAAAAUCCCAAGAAACUUCGACUACCCUCGACCCGUGAAGGUAGACCAGCUCCAGGGGGUUCACGGCGUUUCAUCGGAUAACGUGGUGAUUGUAGACGCCCAAACUUUGCUAAUCCCGAACUUCUCAUAUGACGGCGAAGCACCUGAUGCGAAAUUCUGGGUUGGGCGAGGUUCAAAACCAUCUCCGCAAGGUACAAGGAUUCCGGACGAAAAUGGCAAAGAGAAACCUUUGAGACGAUACGACAGAAAGACUAUUGUACUUACUCUACCCGGAGAUCUCACCGUGUUCGAGAUAGGUCAUUUUGGAGUAUGGUGCGAGGCUUUCACUGUCGAUUUCGGUCAUAUUCUGAUUCCUCAGAACCUCAACGUGCCACCCUCUUUGAAGAUGCUAGGAGUCAGUCCUCAGUCAAAACUUAACUGUGAAGUUUUGCAAGAUUCUACUGCAUUCGAAGUGAGAUGGGCUAUGGCAGGAGAAAGCAUAAUUGUGCAGUUAGUUGCUAAGAUAGAUAAUGGAGAAUACAUGUCCUUCGGCGUGUCUGGAGAUGAAAGUGGAAGUGUCAUGAUCAAUGGAGAUGUGGCUGUAGCCUGGAUCGAUAAGGAAACUCUGAAAGGCCAUGCUGUAGAUUACUACCUCAAGGAUAAAUCACAGUGUUCUGGGCCUACAGGCUCCUGCCCAGAUAGCAGAUUCAGGGAAAACUCCGACAGCAUACGGAUGUUGAAUGCAGCCCAAGUAAACGGCUACUCCAUCGUGACCUACCAACGUCCCUUAAGAGCAGAUGACGAAUACGACCAGCCGAUCCACUCCAACCAAUCGACGCCCAUCAUUUGGGCCAUUGGCCCCCUGAAUCAGAGAAACGAAGUGUCCUUCCACAGCGAAUACCUGAAGACCGAUAAAUUCAUACAUUUCGGACGUAGUCCCAAAUGGAAUUGCCCAGCUCCAGAAGUGGAGCAGCCCAUGAAGCCAAAGACGACUCAGGAUGAGGAUGAGGAGGAAGCUGUGACCCCUUCCAGGUCCAGAAACAACGAAAGGAGGAGGGGGUCUAAUAAUAGGGGCAAUCCGGUUAGAGAAUCUGAAGGUUCGGAAUCAGAAAGGGUGGCUUCUAGGUUCGAACAAUCAAGUAAAAGAGGUUCGAACAAAAACUCAGACGAAAAUUCUAGAAGAAAUAUACCAACUCCAGCACCUGCUUCCAAGAAGGAUGCUUGGACCAUACCUCCGAUCCAGUGUUAUGAACCAGAUGAUGGAGUGUUUUAUGCCCAGAUGGGACCAACUGGAGGCAAGAGGGGUUAUCCUGCUAUCACUGGUCACGUGGGCUGGGGAAUAUCGUGGUACAUCAACGGCCUCCUCAUCCCAGAAAUAAAUGUUGUCAGAGGAAAAACCUACACGUUUGUGAUUGAAGGAGGUCUCGACCCUAACGUCCCAGCAAAAUACCACCCAUUCUACAUAACAGAUGAUCCAGUUGGUGGUUAUGAACAUCAGAGUGCUGAAGAUAAGAAGAAAAUAAGAAUUUUCGCUGGGGCCCAACAAGACAAAGAUGGAAACGUAUAUCCGACAGGCACAGGAAGGUUGUGUCAUUGGACCCAAAAAGGAGAUAUGGAAGCGGAAGAUUUCGCUUCUUUCGGUGCUUACCAACGUACUUUAGAAUUGAAGUGCGACCAAGGGGAACCUGGAGUGAUUCAGUGGACUCCUGAUGAUAAUACACCGGAUACAGUGUACUAUCAGUGCUUCACCCACAGAUAUUUGGGUUGGAAGAUCAACGUUCUAGAUUCUUGCGAUGAACAACCAGCAGCUAGUGAGACAAGAAUCAUAUCCGUUCCUUCUCCAUUCGAUCAAGAAGAGAACUAUGAAAAAAAUGGCGAAACAAUGCAGUAAAGGACGACAUACUUACCUUUCCCGACAAACACUCAAAGAUGAUACGAAACGACUACUACCCGAACCCCCAAAAUUUCUAUUUCAAUCGGAAUAUGUUCCAAGCAAACAAUCCUCCCAUUCAACAAAAUCCCUACGUU